UUCACGAUGUCAGGCCCUGCAAGGAAACGGACCCUGGAUACUUUUUUCAAACCUACCUCAAAGAGGACCCGUGUCUCAGAGGACAAUGGUGGCAGUAGCGACCUAGAGAUUUCAUCUGAAGACCAUAAGCUGGAAUUCACUCAUCACUCGUCGUAUCCCUUUCCAAUACCAUGUUUUCCAUACUCUGUUUCAGCCAACUUCACCUCACUUCCUUGCACAGUUGGCAAGGCCAUCAAUGACCAGGCCGAUCUUGACCUCCUCUACUUCCAGCCAUAUAUCCCCAAGAAUCUUGAACGCCAGAUCUUUGAAUUCCUCCGCCGAGAAUUACCUUUCUACAGAGUUGAGUAUAAGAUCAAGCGCGGAGGGGUCGAAACGCAAAUACGAACUCCGAGAUACACGACAGUCUUUGGCCUAGACGAAACAUCACGUUUCAACGAAGACGGCGAGAUCGUUGAUGCAAAGACAGGAAAAGAAGUAAAGAGGGACAAAGACUAUACUAGAUGCUCUCCCCGCCCCAUUCCCAAGUGCCUUGAUGGCCUGCGCAUUUCCACUGAAGCUGCAACUGGUUGCAGGUUCAACUUCUGCCUCGUCAAUUACUAUGCUUCUGGUUCAGAUAGCAUAUCUUACCACAGUGACGAUGAAAGAUUUCUCGAACCUGAACCCGCCAUCGCGUCUUUUUCCCUCGGGGCGAAGAGGGAUUUUUUAAUGAAGCACAAGCCGGUCAUCCCGAACGGCAAUGCGGAACCAACACCAGAGACGAAACCCAUAAAAUUACCACUCGCAAGUGGCGAUAUGAUACUAAUGAGAGGGAAGACGCAAGGAAACUGGCUGCAUUCAAUUCCCAAACGCACAGGAAAGAAUGCUGAGGAUGGAGGAAGGAUCAACAUCACAUUCAGGAAGGCGAUGGUGAAGGCUGGGACAGAAAACUAUUAUCAUUAUAACGUUGGCACCGGCCCCGUCUAUAAGUGGGAUAAUAGUUCACGGGAGAUGAAGCUGUUGACGUUUGACGGCCGCGGAUAACUAUCUUCCGAACCUCAUCUGUGCGUUGGCGUAAUUGUAUAAUGCCCGUAAAAAUACCUGGUACCCAACCCCCUGAUUAUCUUGCACGUGAAAGAUUUCAGUCAGUCGUAACUGCCAGGGGGGAUAGCCGGAUAGCUCCACCGUUGGUCCGAACAAUACGAGGAGGUCGGGCUCGCCCAUAACGCUUUCGGUAAUUUCGGCGUCAACCAGGUCGAUGCUGAUGUCGUUUGAUGAGAUCUUGGAUCGUUGAGACAUUUCCGUGAGAGUUUUUGUGAGAUCAACUAAGGAGUCUCGACCAUCUUCAGCUGAAAGAAGAAGGACAGAGAGGUGCUGUAAAGGCGACCCUGAUGACUCGCUUGAUGAUGUCUUUGAAGCCGACUCCAUGGACGGUAUGUGAGGUGCUCGUAGUGAUAAUGCCGGGUGGUCAGGUCCGAAAUAUGAUGAGAGCUUCCUUGUUACUGCUCUAUGUGUUGCAGGGACGUACCCUUUGAGUAUGC